ACUAGUGAGCGUGUAUGAGCCGUUGAGGCCGCCUGUGCAGUGCGCCGGAGAGGCCGCCUCACCAACCUGGCGCUGACAGACGGGUUCCGUCCAGCCAACGGGCCUUGAAGUUGGCAACGGCCGGUUCAGGCUAGUUUGAGCGUGGAUGAGCACAAGACUCAAGAGGCCAGAGCUCGGUCCAGUGCUGAGCGACGUGCCAUCAACAUGGCAACCACAGUAAGCGUAAAUAAAGAAGAGCGGCGAUUCUGGACUGAAUUUAUUGACAUAUAUAGGGAGAAUUCGUCCCUUUGGAAAGUCAAAUCUAAAGAGUAUUCAGAUAAAGUGAAGAAAAAUGCAGCAUAUGACUUGCUUGUUGAAAAAUUAAAAGAAAAAGAUGGUAGAGCUACCCGAGAUACUGUGACCAAGAAAAUUAACAACUUGAGGAGCUCUUUUAGGAAAGAAUGCAAGAAGGUUUUGUCAUCCAUGAAAUCAGGUUCUGGCACCGAUGAUGUAUACACACCAAGUUUGUGGUACUAUAAUUUGCUCUUGUUCCUGAAAGAACAAGAAAUUCCGAGGACAUCUGUAUCGGCCAUUGAACAGGAUCGUAAUGCGUCAUCGAUUGCUGGGGAAGAGGAAAAGGAAGAUUUGGAAGAGGUACCCAGACAUGGCACAUGUUCUCCAAAUGAAGACAUGCAUCGUGAUGACGGUCAUUCACAGAAAAGUGUGUUCAGUGGAGCAACAAAGAGGAAGGCUGAUGAAGAUAAAGUUUUCGUUGAAUCUUACAUCAUGAAAACCUUCGCAGCACAGGCGGCCGAGCGAGAUGAACAUAGUGUGUUCGGUGAACAUGUGGCGAACAGACUACGCAAAUGUGGCAGAUCACAUUAUGACACAGUUAUUGCUCAGCAUAAAAUUGAGAACAUUCUUUUUGAUUUGGAGAUGGGAGCAUAUGACAGAAAUCGUUAUCAGGAACAUCGGCAUUACUUGUCUCCACAGACAAACUGGCAAAAUUCUCCCACAACGAUGAAUGAUGAGGUUGGCACAUCACAAGCAAUUCAGAACACUUUGAUAGUUGGAGACUUGUUUAAGUCGGAGUGUAGUAAACAUGUAAUAGCUGAAGAUGUUGAUGGUGAUUAAGUCGGACCAAAAUGGAGAAUACCUUCAUCAGACAAUUUGAUAUGGAGAACAUUGGGAAUGACUUCUCCUGCAUUGGACUAGUAAUGACGUGUUAUAAUGAUCAAUGAUGACAAUAAGGCAGGUCAUAAUCCCAAAGUCAUUGUUCUAGUUAUAUAGAUACAAUAAAGAUAGUUUUAUUUUUUUAUUUUUUUUCCGAGUAGAUGUUCCUUUUAUUUAUUUAUUUAUUUAUUUAUUUAUUUAUUUAUUUUUUUUUUUUUUUACGUCGUUGCCUAUUGCGCCGGUAGGCAUCUUCCCGGUGGGGCCUGAUGGUCGGCCCAAGGCUUCUUCCAGGUGGGGCCUGAUGGUCGGCCCAGCCCGUUCUGGCGCAGGCGAGUGUUUAUAGUGGCGCCAUCUUGCGGCAUGGCCCUCCGCCGGCUAUGCACUGACAUCCAACUCCAUUGUCAGGUGAGCGUUUUCAGAGACCAGUCAGAGUGACACACCCGGCACUGGCUGACUCAUCACAUGAGAGUCGGCUUAAAACCUCAAUGUACUACAUACCUAAUACUUGCUAGGAUAUGCAAGGACAGUAUCUAGGUUGAAAAGUGAUGUUGACAGGUCAUCAGUUGUUUAUUGUCUAAAAUGAGACUUGCCUGCCCCCCCCCCCCCCCCCCCUUCCCCUUUAAAUGCACGGAUUAAGAGGUAAUUGUAAAAAGUACCACCAUGGGCAGUGUGACGUAACACGUGCUGCCGUAGCCGCAUUCUUCCCCUACGCUACAAUUUAUUUUACCCCCACGCCGUCUUUGCAACCCCCCAUUCCCCCCCCCCACCCCCACCCCCCCACCCACCCACUCUCUUCUGUAAAAAAAUCUUGAAUCAACCUGCACAGCUUCCCUCUGCUUUCUCGUUUCAUAGGAACUCCCAGACAGACCAACAAAAGAUCAUCAUGGCUUAGUUAACAUAUGCAUUGUAUUAAGUUUGUAUUUUGUACUUGUAAAUUGAGUUUAAUAUUUCAUAUUGAUUUGUACUUUCAUGAUUAACUAUAAUAUAUAAGUAACAUAUAGUAAUGCGUUUCUUUCUGUUCAGGCUCCGUCAUCGUGACAUUUGUCUCGCUUGCUUAUAUAAUUGAAUUAUAUUUUUAAAAACUGCACUCCGGGUGGCAUUGUUAGUUCAAGUGAAUACAUUGUCACCGCCGCCCAAGACCAUUUAAACUUUCUUCUAGAGUCUAGACUCUAGACUGUUAGGCUGCACGCGUCCAGGGGUCCAGGACGCGCCUGUUUGUACCUUUUUUUUUUUUUGUGUGUGUGUGUGAAAAGUAAUAAUGAAUGUUGUUACACAAUUACAUCAAAGGAGAUAUAAGGAAAGCAAAGUGAAAGAUGUCAUUAGUAUCAUUUUAAGUUUUUACUUUGCUGCAUGAGAGAAAUAAAGGAUUCUUAGGUUCAGAUUUUUUUAUUUGCUUUUCUUUUUUCCAUAAUCAAAGAAACAAGAGGGAAAAGUAGGCCCGUAACGAUGCUGCUCAUUCAUACAAGAAGUCAAAAAGAAUAUCAAUUUAGUUCUUAAGUAUUACUGAUAUUCAGCUUAUAGAAAGAAGAAUGUUUUAGAGCUUACUAGUGACAUAGAUGAAAUAAUGAAGAUAGGUCACAAGAGAGAGAAUGAUUCCUAAGCCUAUAAACAGCGGCGUUCCACAGGACUCUGCUCUAUCACCCACUCUUUUUAUUGUUGAUUAAUGGUCUUCUUAAACCAAACUCUUCAGUCCACUCUUAUGCCAAUUACUCCACAUCGUUCAACAAGAAACCAACUCAACAACUCAAGGCUGGAUGUAACUGAUUGCUUAACCUCUGACCUUACUAUUAUUUGUGAACGGGGCAGAAGGAAUUUGGUGUCCGUUAAUGCCUCAAAACCUAAUAAAAUUAAAAGUCUUUUGGUUUGUCUUUGUGAAUGAAGGAGACGCUCAUGAGACUCGAGGGUGUGUUUCUCUCUCUCUCUCUCUCUCUCUCUCUCUCUCUCUCUCUCUCUCUCUCUCU